AUGAAUGCUCGUCCGCUCACUCCGCUUUCCGAAGACCUUACAGAACUUGACGUGCUUACACCAGGACAUUUCCUUACUGGAACAUCGUUAACAGCACUACCAGAUCCAGACUAUACAAGCACCCCAAUGCAUCGGCUCAAGCACUAUCAGCAACUGCAGCAGCUAAUUCAACAGCUUUGGACUCGAUGGAAGAAGGAAUAUUUGACGGAGCUCAACAGCCAGCAGCAAACUUCAUCACCGGUCGAGAUCUAUGUCGGGCAAUUGGUUUUGGUACGAGAGGACAACAAACCAUCGCUUAAUUGGCCGCUCGCCAGAAUCAUCGCCACUCAUCCUGGAGAAGACGGUUGUACACGAGUAGCGACGGUGAAAACAGCAGCUGGUAUUCACACUCGUCCAACAUCCAGAAUUUGUCCACUUCCGAUCAACCAUAACCUGCAUCCACAACAAGAACAACUCAAAUCUGCAACAGCAGCAUCAUCAAUGGCUAAUAGCGGAGCCAGCUAA